AUGGGAAAUAGUAAUCCAAUCGGAUGUUGUACCUCAGCACAGAGGUCAGAAACUAGUAGUUAUCGAGAAGAAGCUUCUAUCCUGGACAAGACUUCCAGCGGUCUUCCAAAAGUGAAUCAGUUUAAGAAGAAGACCAAGAUCUUAACAAUCGCAACUAGGAUGGAAAGAAAUACGAAGUUAGACAUCCUUAAUGAUGCCUUAGCUGACAUGGCUAUCACUGAGGAGCCAAUAAAGCAUUAUUAUAAGCUAGGAGAGGUGAUGGGAGCUGGCAAAUAUGGUGUGGUGAAGGCAGGCACAUCUCUAAGUAAAUCUUGCUACAAAGUUGCCGUGAAAGUUAUCAAACUUGAAAAACUCAAAUCUCAGUACCACUCUAUUGUUCAAGAAGUGUUAGCAUUAAAGAAAAUUGAUCACCCAAAUGUCGUCAAGAUUCUUGAGAUUUUUAAGGAUAAAAAGAAGCUGUACAUUGUCAUGGAGCUAGUCGAGGGCAUGGAACUUUUCGAAUUCGUUGUAUCAAAGUCGAUGCUGAGUGAAAAAGAAGCUAGGAAGAUAACCACUCAGCUACUCAAGACCAUUAAGUAUUUAGGAGAAUGUAACAUUUGUCACAGAGAUCUCAAGCCUGAAAACAUCAUAAUUAACCCAGAUACUUUAAAAUUGAAGAUUAUCGACUUUGGUUUAUCAGCUUUUUAUGAACAAGAGAAAUUAUCCACAAAGGUAGGGACACCUUACUAUGUUGCACCUGAGGUUUUGGAUAAGUGAUAUGGCAAAGAAUGUGACCUUUGGAGCUUAGGAGUCAUCACUUAUGUCCUUCUUUCAGGAUGUCCUCCCUUCCAAGCAAAGACAUUACCUGAGUUAUUCGUAAAAAUUCGCAGCUGAGACUUAAAAUAUAUAAAUAAAGAUUUUAAAAAUCUCUCCCAGUCAAGUAAAGACUUUAUCAAAGGACUUCUCACGGUUGAUCCAAAGGAAAGAAUGACAGCAGAUGAAGCUUUACAGCACCAAUGGAUCAUUAAAGCUCAAGAGCAGGCUCCAGAACUUAAUGACAGAGUGAUCUCAAAGCUUGCUAGGUACAGAACACCAGACAUCCUGAAGAAAGAAAUCUUUAAUCUUCUACUGAGCAACAUCCAGUCAGAAGUGAUCCAAGAAUGGAACCAACUCUUCGAAACCCUAGAUGUAAAGAAUACCGGCUGUAUUAGGAUCAAAGAGCUCAUUGAGCUUCUUGGCAAUAAUAAGAAGUUUAAAAAACAACUGAAGCAACUUAAGAAAUUAGACAAGAAAGCACCAGAGCUUGAGAUUCAUUAUUCAGAUUUUUUGUUGAGGAUUGUGGAUGUACGGAAGGAAAUUAAGGCUAAAGAUAUUGCUAAUGCUUUCUUUCACCUUGAUGGGAGUAAAAAUGGCAAGAUUAGUGCAGAGGAUCUUCACAGAUUUCUGAAAAGAAGAGGGGAUGAGUUUGAUCUUGAAGAGUGUAAAGAUAUGAUCAGAAAAGCUGAAGAGAAGCUUUUGUCCCUCUCUGCUGAUCAUAAAAAGAAUAACACUCAAAAUGAUACUCAGGAUGACACUCAAGCUGGAGAACUGGGACAGACAGAGGAACUUGAUUACAAAGAUUUCAAGACUUAUCUUAUCGCACCAAGCCUUGAAUCAACUCAGACAGCCCUCCUACAAAGCCAAUCUUCUAUCAGGAUCAGCGAAUAUAAGGCUUUUGAUAGAGAAUCUCCCCUUGAUUUGAGCGAAGAAGAUUGCCAGAAUAUUGGGUUGCUUAAAAAUGUAGAACAUAUCAAGGAAUAUAGCCAAAAAUUAGAAGAAAUUCCGGCUGGUAAUAGCUGCAAAGACGAUGUUGAAUUCAAAAUAGACAUUAUGAGCCAAGAGUCAUUCAAAGAUCCUGACUUAGGACUCUCACCGCCACUACUUUAUGAGUCUAAUCCUUCCCUCUAAUGUAGGGGCUGUACAUAUUCUAAGUAUUUAAUUAAUCAGUUUUAG